AAUCAAGAACGGGAAAAUAAUAAGAAUAGAUAUAUACAUAAAACUAUAUUUUAAAAAUGUCAAAAUUGUACAUCAUUGUGCUCGCAAUUGUUACCACGGUCCAUUGCACGACCAAAAUAACAAUGUGGGAAGAGCCUAAAUACGAAGGCAGAUCGGGUUAUUUCCCCGACCUUGACGGGUAUAUAUAUGGCACCUUGGGCCCCUUCGAUAAUCGCAUGUCAUCCUUCAAAAUCGAUAUCGGCUCCUGUGUCGAGGCCUUCAACGACGAUCCACCUGGCGGAGAAUGGUUUUGGACGGACACCAGAAACUAUGCCUCAUUUCCCGUUAAGAGCGGAAUGGACAAGAGAAUCUCAAGUAUGCGGUCAUGUGGCAGAUCUAUUGUCGACCUAAAAUGUCCAGCUGGCACGUUCGUUAAGCGGAUUGAGUGGGAUAAGGUUCACAAAUUGAAGGACGGGCUGAAACUGAAAUUACACUGCAUGUCGUUCCAAUCCACCUCGGCCGCAAUUGUGCUUUAUGUCACUCCCGCAAAUUUGAAAGCGACCGAAACCCGGGAUUGUUUUACGGCGGUGAGAGGCAUCCGGUUCACUAGACAGGCCAACUUGGAGGUGGACACUGACAUCGACCCAGACUGCAUGCCGGGAAUGACGGAGGAAAAAAGUGCAUAUUGUACGGAUGGAAAUGCCAUGGUGGGAGUAAGGUUGGAAGUUGAGAGUCACACCAAACUCAUAAAACAAUCGAGAAUUUAUUGCUCUCGAUGGACGCAUAGUAAUAAUGGACAUGAAAUUGAACUCGUGGAGCCGUUCUAUCUUCGAGAUAAGGAAAAAUCAGAAAAUGUGGAACCCGAUAAAGUCGCAACGGUUGUCAUUCCAUAACAAAAGUGAUUCCUAAAGUUGGUUAAAUGCUAGUUAUUUAUAAUACUUAAGUAGUAAUAAGUAUGCUGCAGUUAUGUACAUAAAUAUUCAGAAACUCG